AAGUACGUACCACGGAACUAUUCUGGUCGAAUACACACAUUUUAUCAUUUUCGAAAAUGCAGUUUACUUUGGAAAACACCCUCGUUGCGAAUGAAGAAAAAAUAAAAAGAAAGAGUGUUGUGUAUGGGGGGAUGGGUGGGGGGCACCGUUUUACACUUAGUUCCAUCACAAGGUCAACGUUCAUUUUUCGUGCUAAAGAAGGCAAAGAGCCCUUUCAACUUAAAGCAAGCAACUUGUUCUCGUUGGCACGCUUUAAUGUAAAUUUCACUUCUACCUCGACGAGAGCGCUCCACAGUGGUCGCCCCCGUCCGCGAGCUGCACGUUCCCCCCUCACCCACCCGUUUCCCCGUGCCCGCCGCCUCUCUGCAGCCAUGCCCGCCGAGGAGGAGGCAGCUGCCGGCCGCCAGGAUGCGAUCAUGGCGGACUGCACCGAGAUGGGGGACCGGACCAAAGGAUACAUGAAGGGCGACGUGGAGGCGUCGCCGUCGCCCACGGCGGGGGAACCGGCCAUUCACUGCCAGGACAUGUGCCGCUCAUACGGGAAACUACAAGUUCUCAACAACCUCAACCUCACUCUGCCGCAGGGACAAAUCUACGGCCUCCUGGGCCCCAGCGGCUGCGGCAAGACCACCAUGCUGAAAUGCAUCGUGGGAACGCUCAACAUCUCGCGGGGUCGCAUCAGCGUGCUGGGGAAGCCGCCGGCGUUCCCCGGCCACGGCGUUCCGGGCAGGAUGGUGGGAUACAUGCCCCAAGAGCUGGCCCUGUACAACGAGUUCACCAUCAGCGACACGCUCACCUUCUACGGACGAAUCCACGGGUUGACCUUGAGGGAAACGCAGGCCCGCGUGAGCUUCCUCAUCGACUUCUUGGAUCUGCCGCAGAAGGACCGACUGGUCCGCAAUCUCAGCGGCGGCCAGAAGCGAAGGGUGUCCCUGGGGGCGGCACUGCUCCAGAAUCCCGAGCUGCUUAUCCUUGAUGAACCCACGGUGGGCGUGGACCCCGUGCUGAGGGCCAAGAUUUGGCAACAUCUGGUGGACAUCGUGAAGACGGGCAAAGUGUCCGUCAUCAUCACCACGCACUACAUCGAGGGCAGGCAAGCUAACGUGGUGGGCCUGAUGAGGAACGGCUGCUUGCUGGCCGAAGGAACUCCAGAAGCAGUCAUGAAGAUGCACAGCUCCUCCACUCUGGAGCACGCCUUCCUGCAGCUGUGCGAGACCUCCGACCAGACGUGCGUCGAGCGGGGCGCCGGUUCCCGGGACGACGUGUUGGGCAACAGCCAAUCGUUCGAGAGCGGGCGGGACGAAAGCCGGCCCAUUCUCGUCGACGUGCCCAAAUCCGCCGCGGAAGUCGUCAGCAAAGCAGUGGACUGGAAGGUGCGAGUCAAGCACGUGAUCCCCAAGUGGAGGAACAUGGCCGCCCUCACCAUCAAAACCCUGGUCCGGAUGAAGAGGAUGCCAGGCUCUUUGUGUUUCCAGUUCCUGCUGCCCGUCAUCCAGAUGUCGCUCAUCUGCUUGUGCGUCGGAGGGGACCCAAAGGGGAUCCAGGUCGCCGUGGUCAACAACGAGACCUCCUCCUUGGCUUUCAGCCGUUCGCUGCUCUCCUUUUUGGACAACUCCAGCGUGGAGCAGGUGAGCUUGUCUCAUGCGGAGGCCUUCCAAGGCAUCAACGACGGCAAAUACUGGGCCGUCAUUGGCUUCAGCGAGAACUUCACCAGAUGCCUCAUAAAUAGGAUGUUUCAGAAGAACGUGUCCCGGGACACGAUAAAUGGAGGUUCUGUGCACGUCUGGCUGGACCAGACCAACAGACAAAUUGCCUUGAUGCUGCAGCAAAAGCUCUACGAGGCCUUUCAGGCUUUUGUGGACGAGAGGCUGGGCGACAAGGCCUACAUGUACGCCCUCCCCAUCAAGUUUGAGGAGCCCGUUUACGGCAGCCAGAACACGGACUUUACUACAUUUGUGAUGCCGGGCGCUGUUCUCAGCAUCGCCUUCUACCUGGCCUUGGGCCUGACCGCCCUCUCCUUUAUCCUGGAGAGGAAAGAAGGCCUUCUGGACCGCUGCUGGGUCGCAGGCGUGAGCUCGCUGGAGACGAUGCUGGCCCACCUUUUCUCUCAGCUGCUGGUCAUCAGCGUGCAGAUUUUCCUCAUGCUGCUCUUCGUCCUGCUCGUCUUCAAGAUGCCCAACGAAGGCUCCUUGCUUCUCAUCGUGCUGCUGAUCGUGCUGCAGGGCGUCACCGGCAUCUCCUUGGGCCUCGUCAUCUCCGCCGCCAUCGACGACGAGCAGAGCGCCAACCAGGCCGCUCGCCUCUUCUACCCCAACCUCAUCAUGAGCGGCAUCAUCUGGCCGGUGGAGUGCAUCCCGUACCCGCUUCGCUACCUCAGCCUGGCGCUGCCCCAGACGUACGCCUCGGAAGCGCUGCGCUGCAUCAUGUACAGAGGUUGGGGCCUGACUCACAUGAUGGUUUGGCGAGGCUUCGUGGUCACUCUGGGAUGGAACACGGUCUUCAUCGUCGUGGCAACGCUCAUCUUGAAGUUCAGGAAGUGAACACCCCCCCCCCACUCCACCCCCACCCCCGAUGAACACAAAGCAUGCACGUGCUGAACAUUGGGGGGGGGGUGACAACGUACAUAAACAUGUCAAUACGCAAAGGGUGGGCAAAAUAUGGCUCUGUUCUUUAUUACGGCCCAUUGAGCAUUCGCACAACGUCAUCAAAAGUCCUGGAAUGUUGUCGCGUUGGUCGAUCAAAAUAUAUUUAGUCCCUGUUUUGCUUAUUUUCAUUCAAUCAUUCAUCUAAUGAAAUAAUUGGUGACUUCUUUUGUUUGACACAAAAUGUUUAAAACGUCAUAUAAAUCACCCCCCCAAAAAAAUAGUAUCAUAGCUUAUGUUGCUAGCAUAUACCCUUGUGCAACAACAUCAACAAAAUUAUGUCCAAAUGCUAAUUUUAAUUCCCACCCCUCUCCAAAAUUGCAAAAUGAUGACACAGUCAUUGAUCAAAGUAGUUUGGAAAUUUUUAACAAAACAAGCCUACUCAAAUGUAUCUCACUACCAAAAAACAUCCAGACUUGAAAUCACACGGCUCCCGCAGCACGUUUUUUAACGACAAUUCAAGUUUUUAAAAGAGUUACGAGAUUUAUUCUCACGCAAUUUUUGACGUUUGCAAUUGUGAAUUAAUAUUUAAAAAUACAUGAGGCAAACCGAUAUAAUUUUGGAAAAAAUAUAAAUUUGACUUACAUUUUUGCGGGUGAUACAAUGCACAUUUAAAACCUUUAUAUUUUAUUAAUUCAAACUCAAGCAAUCAUAAAUAUAAUGUGGUUUUCUUAGGAUUAUGAAUACUAUUUGAAAAAAGUGAAUGAUUUUAUGAUUAAAACUGUUUUAUUUCUUGUAUGAAACAUUUUUUCCCUAAAAUUGGUUAAGGAAAAUACAUGAAUUAUUUUUCAUUUACCUUAUAUUCAUUUGUCAUCAAAUAAUCAGCUAAAAUGGCAAAUAAUAAAAUGAAGAAUGUUGACAUAAACAGUGUUAUAUAGCCUAUGCAUUUUUAUCUAUUCCCAUUCAAUAAUGAACCAAAUGUAAAUGAGACUGAAUUAUUAUUUUACCAUUAAAAUAAAAUAGAUUAAAUUUUUAACCCGUCUGUUAAAAAAAAAAAA